AUGGAGAACCCUGCAGCUGCCGGAGAUGCUAUGCGCGCAGCAAUUGAAUACUGGUGCCAGUUCGUCGCACGCUGCGUCUCGCAACGACUCGAAACAGACAAAUUCGAAGACUACGUCAAGAUCGUCCACGAUCAACAUCCUUUACCACCAGUCCUAGUCGCCGACUUCUUUCUUCGCCCUCAGCCAUCAGACGACAGUAGCCUCGAUCCCAGAAUACCGCCAUAUCUUCAAGUCCUCACAAAAUUGGGCUAUGUUGAUACGCCGUCAAUACUAAAGGCCUUGUACAAAUACUCUUCGUCCCAUGCGCACGCCGAAGCGCAAAAACAGCAACUACAAUCAUCAAAUACUGAGACAGGGAAAGAUAAAGAGAAAGAGGGCGAAAACGAAAAGGACAAGGAUAAGGAUAAGGAAGAUGCGCAACCCAAGAAGAACAUCACACGGUGGAAGAGCUCUUACUGGGCUGAAGAGGUCCUCUUCUAUAGACUUACCAAGUCUGUAGUAGAGGGCAGGGCGAUACAAGAUUCCAGAUCGGCUUUGGAGGUGGCUAUGAUAAUCUCAAAGUUCAUGGAACUAUUCACCAAUGCGUUGCCUGCAACCGCCUUUGCUGCUGAUAUGCUUGAGCAGCAGUUCCCGAGUGGUCAGCUGAGGGACGAUAUGGAAUCAUCACGAGCAGCCCUAGUCGCAUUGCUACUGCGUCUAUGCGAGAAUCCCAUUCUUGUCAGCGCUAUAAGCAAGCCGUUUGCCAAAAACGUCCGAAAAGCGCUGUCCACAAGCCUGGCAAGCUUUUUGCCAGCAUUGCAACUCGUACCGGAAAUUGCUGAUAAGCUAGAAUUAUUCCGCACGGAGAUCCUGGCCAGUUCUGACCCUGUAGACAAGAAGAAGCAGGUUGCCAAUGCUGCCAUGGAUGAGCUUCUUGAUUCUACUGUUGGCUUGGAAAAUUUUGUCGUAACACCGAUUUCUGUCAGCAAUACUAGAGCAGGACUAUACAUUUAUCUUAAUGCUGCUCUUAUUGGACGUCCUAUCUUGGAUGACCACGCUCUAUUCUCUUAUAUGAGCAACAAGUAUGGAGCUGAUAUUCAGUCAAGUGCAAUUGAUCUGAUUUUGGCAUCAUUCGAUAUUCUAGCCAAUGCUGUAUUCCGCAAUGAAGGCCAGAAGGACGCUCACCUUCUACGCUCAUUCCUGAUCAACAAGCUCCCACUACUGCUAUACCAGCUCCUGCCUCCGGGUUUCUCAGGCACAUCAGCCGAGUUUUGCAUUACUGAAGCGCUGUCCCAUGUGGACACUAGUUUGUUUCCCACGGCUUCGCUCAUGUUUGAUGAGUCCAGAAACAACAACCCCUAUACCGAAAGUAUCAGAGAGGAAUUCUGUGCCGCUUGUGUCCUCCAUGGACUUGUGCAAAGGGAGCACGUCGAGAGGAUACUUGGCGAGAUUUCACUCUCAUACGAGCCGUCUUUGCAGAAGCACUCCAAGGACAAGCUGGUACAAGACUGUUUGUCUGAUACAGACAAGAUUCAGGGCUUGGUUCGGGAGCUUGAUAAGAUGGAUGGCAAUGUUGGCGCUGUUUGCCAAGCCCUCGUCGAGGUGCUACGGCAAUCAUGCCACAACAAGGAGACUAUGUCCCUGAAGCUGCUCUGUAGCCAGCUAGCGGCGAAGCCCCAGUCAUUGGAUAUCAUCCUGCUGUUUGAGAAGCUGCCAAACAUCCUCGAGCCCCUAUGUCAGCUACUCGACAACUGGCGAUAUGAGGAAGACCAGGGAGAGUAUCAGCCUGUGUAUGAGGAGUUCGGGGCGAUUCUUCUUCUUGUAUUCGCAUUUACUUAUCGAUACAACCUGAACGCAGUAGAUAUUGGCAUCACCACUCCGGACUCGUGGGUAGCUAAAAUUAUUGCCCGGGGACAUAUUGGGCGGCAAGGAGAUGAACUUACAUCACGGGAGGAGGAGCACAUCAAUGGCUGGGUUCAUGGACUCUUUGAUACAGAGGCCGGUGGUCUGGGUGAUGAGUUGAUGUCUUCCUGCCCACCGCAGGAGUUCUAUCUAGUGGUCGCACCUCUUUUCCAGAGCAUUGUGGUUGCUUAUACCUAUGGCUAUCUGAAUGACGAAAGCCUCAAGGGAGGCAUAGAAUAUCUUGUGGAUACCUUUUUGCUGCCGUCCCUUGUCCCAGCAAUCCGAUUCCUGGCAGAUUACCUCUGGAUCGACCAAAAGGAACAAAAGUCCAUCAUCAAAAUUUUACAGCUCAUUCUCCUCCCAAGCUCCAUCUCUGGGGAGGCUAGCACAAUGCUCUCAUCCGUAAAGAAUCUCAUCGCAAAACCCCUGGAGCAUGCUCUACGGACAUAUCAGCGCCGAGACCCUAAAAACCAAGACAUUGAGCCUCUUCUGCGAACUCUUAAAGAGAGCAUCCCUCUAUCUCGACGCACCGGUGGCACAGAUCUCAAUGAGCUUGAAUCGUGGACCGCCACGCCUCCCAGUGGACUUCCCAGCGCUGUCAAACUUACUAUUCAAGGCCUUGUUCAUUGGAGUAUCCAUCCUGCUAUGAACAGCAUGCCAACCUCUUACACCCAUCGCCAAAUACUAGCUGGACUGAAGCUACUGGGUCCUAGACGACUGUUACAUGUGAUCCUGGAAGAAGUGCGACAACAUACAGCGGCCGGGAGCGCGAAUAUCGUCUACGACGUGGCUACCUCGUUGAUAUGCGCCCCUGACGCUGUGAAAGACGCUCCUGCAACGAGCAUGAUCGAUGCUAAUGGUAACAUGCUCGCACCGAUCCAGCGCCAGCGAACUCUCCGCGAUCUUCUCAAGGUGGAAGUUGAAGGCUGCAGAAAGCUCCAGAAGGAAGACCCUGUGCUCGCUGAGCAUGUGGUGCGUCUGCACCGUCGUGUCGAAACUCAGAUGAUUAUUCCUCAGCCCCAGGGAAUGCUUCAAACAGCAGACAUGUCACUCAACCUCGCCGAUGACACUGCUGCUCUUGGGGAUGCCAUGGCUGCUGCAGCUUCGGGAGUCCAGGGCGAUAACAUGUCGGUUGAUAACCUGACCCUCGACAUUAGUAUGGGAGGUGUAUCAUCUGAUAUGGGGCUAGGUUCAGCUAAUGGCGGCGGAAAUCUUGAUCCUUCAGGUGAUGCCGCCAUGUUCGAGGGCUUUGAUACGCAGGAAAUUGAUGACUUCGACUGGAAUAUCAGUGACUCGUUCUAG